AUGACGGUACCAGACCAGAAUUUUGUUGAUCCUUCAAACCCACAAAGGCAAGAACAACAUGAUCAUCAUGAGCAGACAAGAAGUGCCCCUUCUGCACCACCACAACCACCACCGGCAGCUCAGGAAACUGCUAUCCAAUUUCCUCCUCCGGCCGGGACCUACAAUAUUCCUCUUCCACCUCAUGAUCAACAAUCUAUUCCAAAUUACCCACCACAAGCGCCGCCCGAAUACGCACCACCACAAGCGCCGCCCGUAUAUGUACCACCACAAGCGCGGCCCGUAUAUGCACCACUACAGCCCGGGCAAUAUCAUUACAUUAGGCCAGGCCCGGCUCUUCCGGUAUUGCCUCCGGCGAACACCGAGGGAUGGAAGACCGGCCUCUUCGAAUGCUUUGAUGAUCCCGUUAGCGCUUUGAUGGCGUUCUUCUUCCCUUGUGUUCCAUUCGGUCAAAUUGCUGAGAUUGUUGACAACGGCCACACUUCUUGCUCGACGAGUGGGCUGAUGUAUGUGUUGGUGACCGUGUGCAUCGGAUUGCCUUGCAUCUUGACAUGCUCCUACCGUGCAAAACUGAGAAACAAGUUUGGUCUGGUGGAGUCGCCUGGACCUGAUUGGUUGGUUCAUUGCUUUUGUGAGUGUUGUGCCAUUUCUCAAGCUUAUAGAGAACUCCAAUUGAGGGGUUGGGAUCCUUCUAUAGGAUGGGAGGGAAAUGUUGCAAGACAAAUCCAACAGAGGAUGGUUCCACCAAGACAUCAGGCUAUGACUGCUUGA